AUGGAUUCUGCUACCACUUCAGAAGAACAUGUUUCUAUUAGCAUCGAUGAAAAGCAUGCUGGCCACUCUGAUGUGCCUCCUGAGCGUUGUAUCUUCAAAGUGCGUGAAAAACUACGUAAGAUAAAUCCAGAUGCAUAUGAACCAGAGGUUGUUGCAAUUGGUCCGUACCACCGAGAAAAAGCUAAUGUCCAAGGGAUGGAAGAGUUUAAACUACAAUACCUAAGAUCACUUCUUGCAAGAAAGAAGGAGACAAGCGCGGAGAGAUACAUAAUUGCAAUGAGGAAACUGGAGGAAAAGGCACGUAAAUGUUAUGCAGAGCCCAUAAGCCUCACUUCAGAUGAAUUCGUGCAUAUGAUGCUUCUUGAUGGCUGCUUCAUCAUUGAACUGUUCUUGAAGUACUCAAACAAGGUUAGAAGAGAUAAAAAUGACCCUAUUUUUAGAACAUAUUGGAUGAUUGGCCGCUUAAGGCUUGAUUUGAUCUUAUUCGAAAAUCAGCUUCCUUUUUUCAUCCUUCUCAAAUUAUAUGACUUGAUAAUUGAGGAUCCAAAACCAGACGAGUUUAUUCACAUUGCAUUCGAUUUCUUUGGGUUUUUAUUUAAAAGUCAUGGCCUGUCAGACUUUGAUAGGGAAUCUGUUCACAACGUCCAACAUUUACUUUACUAUACAGUAGCAUAUGCCCUCCACUUGUAA